AUGGGAUGCCGUGUCGCGGCCCUCAUUGGCCUUAUUGCAAUGGCUGAAGCUGCCCACAACCACGGCCAUGUUCAUCACCGAAGACACGAUCAUACCGCCAGGGAGGAAGUGGUCGAAAAGCGAGGUGGACAAUGCCAGUUUCCAACAAAUGCUGGCUUGGUCGCUGUCACUCCCGACCAGCAGAAUGCUGGAUGGGCUAUGAGUCCCGACCAGCCUUGCAAACCGGGGAAUUACUGCCCCUACGCAUGCCCUCCAGGCCAGGUUUCGAUGCAAUGGAACCCUGAGGCUACUUCCUACACCUACCCUCUUUCAAUGGACGGUGGCCUCUACUGUGAUGAAAGCGGCAACAUUCAAAAGCCAUUCCCCGAAAAGCCCUACUGUGUGGAUGGCACCGGUGCUAUUACCGCCAUUAACAAGGCUGGAAAGCCCCUGUCUUUCUGCCAAACAGUUCUUCCUGGCGACGAAUCGAUGCUUAUCCCUACUCUUGUUGAGGAUACCGCCACUCUUGCCGUCCCUGACCCUUCCUACUGGUGUUCAACUGCCGCGCAUUACUAUAUCAACGAACCUGGCACUGGAGUAGAGGGUUGCAGGUGGGGUACCAGCGCAAACCCUGUCGGAAACUGGGCGUACUUUGUCGCCGGUGCCAACACCGUCGCCAACGGAGACACUUUCGUUAAAAUUGGUUACAACCCUGUUGUGCAGGAGGCUGCUACUCCUUUCCGUAAUACUCCCGCUACUUACGGUGUCGAAAUUCUCUGCGAUGAAGGCGCUGGCUGCAAUGGUCUGCCUUGCAAGAUCGACCCUUCAGUCAAUGCGUUGAACCAGGUUACCUCUAACGAAGCUGCUGACGGUGCUGGAGGCGGCGCUUUCUGUGUCGUCACCGUUCCUAGCGGCCAGAAAGCUACCAUCAAUGUCUUUAAGGCUGGAGAUAGUGCUGGUAGCUCCGGUUCCAGCUCUAGCAGCCCAGCCUCCAGUUCCAGCCCCGCCCCGACUACAUCAGCUGCUCCCACUACCACAUCUACAAGCACUACCUCCACGUCUACCACUCCGACCACCACAAGCACUACCUCUACCUCUACCAGUGCAACCCUACCCAGCACAUCUUCAACCACAGUCACUUCUAGCAGUGCAUCAGCGACCUCCAAAGUCACGGUUUCUUCAUCCAACCCUAGUUCCAAAACCCCAUCGGCAAGCUAUAGCUAUGCCCCCCACGUUUUCAUUGAAACUGGGUCUACCCAAGGAGUUUCGCCUUCCGCUACAGCAGCCGGUGAUUCAUCUGCUGCUGCAUCUGCCUCUCCUAGUACCACUUCUGGCGCUGCUCCUAUCUCCACCGGAUCGGUUGCUGGUCUCGCCUUGGGAUUGUUCGCUGGCGUGAUGAUGCAGCUCUAA